AUGGCCUUCAUAGACCUCACCAAAGCCUUCGACUCGGUUAACCGUCAGGCCCUUUGGCUGGAUCUGUCCAAGAUUGGCUGCCCAGACAAAUACAUCCGGGUAGUGAGACUACUGCAUGAUAACAUGUCAGCCACAGUGCUCAGUGGCAGUGGAGAUGAAACGGAACCCUUUAGGGUAGACACAGCUGUCAUUGACGAUGAAAUUCACCACCGCCUCAGCUGUGCCAGUGGGGCCUUCUCAAGGCUGAGGAAGCGAGUCUUCGAGAACCGUGACCUCCAAGCAAAGACCAAAAUCCUGGUCUACAAAGCAGUCGUGCUCCCCACCCGUCUGUAUCGGAUCAGCUGGGAGGACCGACGCACCAACACCAGCGUCCUGGAGGAGGCUGGCUUGCCCACCAUCACUGCCACGAUUGCCCAAAACCAACUUAGAUGGACUGGCCAUCGGGCGGGACUCCUCUUUGAUGUGGAUGGCGUUUUGGUCCGUGGAGGUUCUCUCAUCCCCGCAGCGAGACGGGCCUUCAGGAAACUUCUGGACCAGAACAACAACUUCCUGUUUCCCGUAGUGUUCGUCACCAAUGCAGGAAGCUGUCAGAGACAACACAAGGCGCAGCAGCUGUCUCGCCUGCUGGACGUUCAGAUUGCCCCAGAACAGGUAGUUCUGUCCUACAGUCCCUUGGAAAUGUUGAGGAGCUUCCAUGAUAAAUGUGUCCUGGUCUCGGGACAAGGACCUGUUGUAGACAUCGCCAGCACUUUGGGUUUCAAGAAGGUCAUCAGCAUUGAGCAGCUUAGAGAACAUCACCCCCUGUUGGACAUGGUGGACCACAACCGGAGACCCACACCCUCCGCCACUCCUCUGCAGAAGUUCCCUCAAAUUGAAGCCGUGGUCCUGUUUGGCGAGCCGGUCCGAUGGGAGACCAACCUGCAGCUGCUAGUGGACGUCCUUCUGACCAAUGGAAGUCCUGGUUUCGCUUACAAGACACAGCUGUCGACCCAGCUGCCGGUGCUUGCAUGUAACAUGGACCUGGUGUGGAUGGCUGAGGCGCCAUCUCCACGGUUCGGUCACGGAAUGUUCAUGCUGUGUCUGGAGUCUGUCUACAAAAAGCUGACGGGACGAGAGCUGCAGUACCAGGCGCUUCUGGGUAAACCCGGUCUGCUAACAUAUCAGUACGCCGAGCACGUACUGAGACUGCAAAACCAGAACCACAAACUGGCCACCAUUUACGCCAUUGGUGACAACCUAAUGACAGACGUUUAUGGCGCCAACCUUUACAAUCGGUGCCUUGCUCAGCAGCACGCGGCCAUGAUGCCCCCCGCCAGGAUGUUUGCUCAGAGCACAGGAAGUCAGAUGACGACGGCCGUGGAGGAGGACCUAGCGCUCGCGGCUGCUCAGUGUCGCUCCAUACUAGUGUGCACAGGUGUCUAUAGCCCAGCUCGGUCGUCUGCGCCCGGCCAGGAAAGGUACGAUAAUGGCCAGUCCAACUUUUACGGUCACAGGGACACCGUUAUGGAAGCGGACCUAAUGGAGCCGAGCUUCGUGGUGGAAGAUGUGGAAGCUGCCGUCGACCUGGUGCUCCAGCAGCAGAGCUCUGCAACGUUUCACCUAUAAUCAUUCAACCUCCUGACCUCAUAUCCUAUUUUGGACUUUUUAUACUAAUUUCACUUAUUUUUGAGAAAACAUUUUAGAAAUUAACAGUGUCACUAAUCAACUAGUUUGUGUUAAUUAGUUGACUUAUUUGAAGUCUUUAUUUAUG